ACUGAUUGACUAUUUACCCAAAUAGAAGGUGACCCUGAAUUUAAGUUGACUCCCUUAAAAAAAAAAAAGGUUAAAUACAAUUCAUACCUGUAUUUACCCAUAUGGAACAUUUGACUGCUUAUCAUUCCAGUCUGUCUAGAGGUGUUUGUGACAGAGUGGACAUACUUAAGCCAGGUCAGUUGCUUUUGUAAAAGAUAUCUAAAAUCAAGACUCCUGCUUGUACUAGCUUGAUUCUGGUCACUCAAUGAAUAAUAAUUUGCUGGAUGUGUUAUUAAUCAUUCUUCUAUGUAUGUCUUCCAGUAUUUAAAUUACACCACAAAGUAUCACCAAAGACCUUGAAAGGAGUGGUUUCCCAUUGCCUUCUCCUACGCAGUAUGAAAGGAUGGCUUUGUCGUUGUCACUGAAGUGAUCAUCCGCCUUCAGCACCUUCCUAUAUCGCUGCUGCCCAAUAUAUGCUGCCUGCUUGCUUUCGCUGGGCAGCUGGGAUGACCAUCACGCUUUGGGUGACCCUACCGGGAGUAUAACUCCUGGUGUACUUCGCUCAUCCCUCCCAGGAACACCCCCCCCCCCCCAACGCCAUGAUGAGGCAGCAUAGCAGGACAGGGGGUGGAGUUUGCUCAGGGCACAAAUGACCAGGCUCAAACUAUCAUACUUCAGACACAUUCUGUGAAGACCCAUCUCCCUUGAGAAGUCCAUCAUGCUGGGGGAAGUUGAAGGAAAGAGAAGAAGAGGACGACCAGCAGCCAGGUGGAUGGACUUGAUUAUGACAGCAAUGAAUGCACCACGGAGAGACCUUCAAGGCCAAGUGGAAGGCAGAUCAUCCUGGAGAGAAUCUCUCUAUGUGGUCGCUAAGAGUCGACACCGACUUGACGGCACUUAAUCAAUCAAUCAAUCAAUGUAUGUAUUUAUUACAUUUAUAAAGUAAUAUCCAAAUAGCUCUGGGCAGUACACAACAAUAAAAAUAAAUAGUUUUAAUAGUUCUAUUUAUGUUCUAUAAAUAAAUAAAUGAAACUUCCUACCCAUCUGGGAAAACAGAAGGAUUUUCAUACAUGAGCUUACUUAAGUUGCCCGUGAACCUCUCUUCUGAGCAUCCGAGCAUCGCUCCUGGGGAAGUGAGGCAUUUUUAAUGCCAAUGAGCAUUCUGGCCACUGCAGCCUUUGCCGCCACAUGACAAAUGUGGUUGGAGCAAGAGCCUCGCGAAGCCUCCUGUGUAAAAAGGGCCAGUGCUUUUAUGAUGGGGGAGUCCCAUGCGAAAUCACUCCCAUGCAUUGAACUGGUGGUGCUUAUGCAGUAGCAGUGACCUUCACUGAGUGCAGGGGGUCAGAUUAGAAGCCCGCUGUGGUACCAUCCAAGUACAUUGAGAUGGUUCAAUCAGUCAAUCAAAGUUUAUUAUGGAAUAUGACCAGCACAACAAGGGGGAAAAAUACAAUUAAAUAUAGAUAACAGUUAAAAAGAUGAGAUGGUUGUCAGUUGGAGAAUACACUACUUGUGUGGGUGAAGAUCAUUUCUAGCUCAGGCAGCUUAUAUUAAGACCCCCUCAUACACUCAUAAAUUUUGCAAGCUUAAGAGUGCACAGACGGUCUUACCUAAAUUAUAGCUAAAUUCUCCUAUGUCAGAUUGCAUAAGAAUUCAGUUGUCCUAGUUUCCCAUGGGAAAAGGUAAAGGGUUCGGAUACGGUCAAAAGCAAAAGAAACCUUGCCUGCAGGAGAAGACAGGAUGAGGUCCUUCCUGGGUCAGCAACAGCAUCGCUGAAAUCAACACCACCCAGAAAGCAACAACAACCCAAAACAGGCUCCAUCGAUCUUCAGCUUCAAAGGAGAGGGCUUAACCUACAAUGGCGAUUUCUUGUCAAGGAACUCCUCCAUGUGGGCGACAAAGUAUUUGUAAGCAAGGCCAGUGAGGCUCCAGUCCUAGGCAGACACAGAAGGGGAAUCAGCCCCCAGCACUUCACAGAACUCCUCCCUCUCUUUUAUUAUUUGAGACUUGUCAUUGCAAGAGUAGAGGUGACUUUCCUUCGCCUGCGAAGUUUGGACUUCCAGGUCUUGGUUCUCUGCUUCUUUCCUUCAUCAUCCACUCUUAUAUGUGGACCUUUUGUGUGCCAUUAAGGGACAGCUCUAAGCACAUUUUGGGCUCCAGAGAAGCACAAAUUUUCAGUUGUUUUGGAGUGCCAAGUUGUUAGCUAUUUAUUAAUAUAUUUUUUACUAAGGACUGGGAAGGAUUCAGUUUUAUGUCUCUGCUUGAGGGUUUUGAAAGAAAAGCUGCUGCCUAAUCUUCUAAAGGCCCCGUCACUGUACAAGACGGAGGUGGGAUUUAUCUGGCAAGCGUCAUUUUUGUACCUACAGAAACCAGCAGGCAGAAGACAGACAGCACAGCAGUCUGGAACCAGAAGAGAUCUGUCAGCCAGCAGUUCUGCUUCAGAGUUCAGAAGCUGGAGGGACUGCAAGAUGCGUUUCCACUUUCUUGGGAUUCUUCUGCUUUUUCUGCACACUCCUAAAUCACAGGGAAAUACAAAAAUACCACAACAGUUGACUCAGGUGUGGGCAUCUCCUGGAGAGACCAGAAAUAUCACCUGUGACCUUCCAUAUGGAGCUGAGGCCUGGAAUACGGCGUGGUACAAAGAGGAGCAGGACAGAAGCCUGCACAUGAUUGAACAAAGUUACGAGGAGAGAACAGCAGGAGAAAAGGUCCGUAAAGCAAUUCUGACCCUCAGGAACAUACAAAGAAAACACUCUGGGAUUUAUUAUUGUGCCACAAUCAACAAUGAAACAUUCAGAAUCCUGAAAGGGACGAGGCUCAUCAUCAGAGGAAUCCCUAGCCUCUCCAUCCUGGCACCUUCCUCCUUGGAGGGGGCUCCAUUUAAUCACAGUAUCCCCCUGUUCUGCCUUGUCUUUGAUGCACACCCUGACUGGGAUGAAAUCGCUUGGAAUAUCAAUGGGGAGACAUCUUGGGAUCAGAAGGAUGCUAACAUGGUGGAUGGAGAAGGAGUCUUCAGCAUUUGGAGUUUGAAGUUGAUGCCUCCAGAGUUCUGGACCGAAGGGAUGUCUUACUCCUGCUCCGACCAAGAGAACAGAAAGAUCAGUGCUGUGGUACCCACAAACACAGUGCCCACAGACACAGCCACGGUCUUCAUCUUCAGAAAGCAUCUUACCAAAGGGAAUGGAGAAAAGACAGAUACCCGGAUACCUAUGGCAGAGACCCCACAGACUGAUUAUGCGGAACUCCGUUGCAGGAACUGAAAUGUGAGUCAAAGGGAUGAAUACAUUCUGCAGGCCGAUGUCCAUGUUGCUUUUAAAGGAAGGAAAGACACAAAGAAGAAAAGCAAAGUCCAGAGUUUAUUGUCUUUUUAACUAAGUUAAAUGUGGAUGGAUGCUUGUAUUAAACACAACCUUCUCUGUA